GUUACCGCUAUGAUCAUAAAGCCUGGAAACUAUCGAACACGAAACUUACUUAUAUGACGUGUUUGUACACUGACAAUAUAGCAUCAAAACAAACACGCAUACCCAAUAUAACUAUGUUAAGUGUUUCAGGUAUCGCCUUGUUUCUCUGUGUAACAUGCAUUAGCUGUGUUUCUGGAGCGAUGAUGGAUGACACAAAGACUUUGUUACGAGACCUGCUUAGCGAGUACAACAAAAAUGUGCGACCUGUACGCAAACAGGAUGACACUGUAAACGUCACCGUUCAAAUGUACGUCAAGUCGAUUCAGGAGUUCGAUGAAGUCAGCGAAAAGUUCUCGGUUGUGGCUGGUUUUUCGAUAAUCUGGAAGGACAUAAGUAUGAUGAGGGACCCUGCGGGUUAUGGUGGUGCUUAUCAAAUCCUGACAUCCUAUGAUGACGUGUGGGUUCCAGAACUUAUUCUUACGUCGCCGUCAGAUGACGUCGAGAGCCUAGGGGCGACUUGGAAUCGCAUCCGGUAUUAUCCGGAUGGAACCGCUGUUUGGAUUCCGGUCAAGUUGGUUAAGUCCACGUGCGCAGUAGACGUCAAAAUUUUCCCGUUUGAUACACAGACGUGCACGUUAUCAUUUAGCGCAAUGGGGUAUGAGUUUAAUGAAGUUUUCAUCAUGCCAGAGACGGACCAAGCUAAUAUGGCGUUAUUUACAGAACACCCAAUGUGGGACGUUGUUGACAACACAGCCUCCUCCGAACGAUUCGGGUCAAGUUGGCAAGUGAGUUUUGGUUUCAAACUCAAGAGAAAGCCGGAAUAUGUUAUCGUGAAUGUGUUACUACCAAUUCUUUUCCUUAGCAUCCUGAAUCUGGUAGUGUUUCUUUUAGUGCCGGAGUCAGGUGAGCGGAUUGCGUACUGUAUUACCGUUCUCCUUUCCAUCGCGGUCUUCAUGACAAUAGUCAGCGCUAUGCUACCAAGAACCUCGAAACCUGUUCCGAUCAUCUCCUUCAAACUUAUGAUAGAUAUUGCUAUAAGUUCUGCUAUUACCGUUGUGGCCAUUCUUAACCUUCGUAUCUACAACAAGGACCCGGAAAGUCCCGUUCUGAAAUGGCUGAUUGGAAUAUACCGGAUAUUGACCUGCACCCUUUGUCGCAAGCGAAAAAUAGAACCUUUGGAGAUGAGAAAGUUACUUAGGAAAACUUCAAAAGCGAUCAGGAUACAAACUGUAAAGGCUAUCUCUACGGCUGAAAAUGACAAUAAUUUUGAGAAACAACCAUCCGAUUUAACUGUUGAAGAGCGAAUCACGUGGAAGAACAUAAGCUACAUGAUCGACGGAGUUGCUUUGUGCCUUUUCAGUCUUGCAGCAAUUGGCAGUUUCGCUGUUUUUAUGAUUAUUGUUACAGGACGCAGCAAGUAAAGAACAGCUGAAUAUUCCAAGAAUUUCCGUCCUGAUUGAGUUUCAAAACUUUCUUAGUUAUGGUAAGGUAGUACCGUAAGGCCACGAAGAAAACAAACUGAAAAUUUAAGUUUACAGUGUUAUAUAAACUGAAAAUAAUCAUUGAAAUGUUUAGUGAUGAUGAAAAGAACGUGGGUUCGAAUACUGACUGUCCAUGUCUGAACUGCAAGGAUGCUAUCACCAACGUAAUGUUGCAUUGAUUAUCACGGUAAUAGUUAUUAAACAUUGCAAAUAAAUACAAAUGCACCUAACAGUUAAAUUCAAUGUUCAAAUGUGCUGUAAAUUGCGUUAAUGUUGCCAUUCUU